AUGGCGCGUGCGUCGUUGAUGGCCGGUCGCCGGCCAGGUGCGGAGAUCUUCGCCUUUGAUUUGCCUGAAAAGCUGUCUGAGUCGCUCGCUCCUGGGAGCCGCUUAUCAGAAGGUGAAGGAACUUGGUGGAACAUCGCUUUGCUCAACGAGACCCAGAGUCCACAGCAGCUGCAACAGGUGCUAUUGGAGCCAAGGCUUGCAAGUCUACCUCGUUUGGUUCUCAUUAGUGAGCACUUGGAGGCGAAGAAAUCGUGGAAUUCCUUGGAUGUUCUUUGCCAGCAUCGGCAGCCCGUGGAUUUCGUCAUCGUGGAUGCAAGCCCAAACGUUAUAAUGGAGAAGGAGUGGAUCAUCAUCGAAGCAAUCUGCCAGCCGAAGCGUAUUUUGCUUACGAAUCUCAACGUUCCAGGUGCUGCUUCGUGGAUCUGGCAACGAUUGACCCACCUUCGUUGGCACGAGACCCUUGCCGGGCACUACGUUCUUGAUUUUAACCCCUGGCCCCACCAUUCAGAGCUACGACGGCUUCGGAAAUGGGCAUUGCUCGAGUCGCCGAUUUGA